CUGCCAUCCACACCACGCCCAGCUGCGGACUCAAGACUCGAUAAACAUAUAUUGGAUUGAUCCCUCCCACACCAUGGAUCUUCCAGACCAACCCUCACUAUCAGUUUGACAUCCAAUUCCAGGCUCUGGACCUCCACACACCAACAAGCAACUCAGUCACGCUCUUUCUGAGAGUGACUUCCAUCAACGCCUCUCUGUCUCCUCUCAGCAUCAACGUCACAACGGCUCCCCGGCUACGUUCCAUUCUGAAGAACUCGAACGCCACCACGAUGCCUUCAGUCUCACGACACACACACACCAUGCCUGCCGUCAUCCACCCCAAGACCGUCUCUUCGGAGAAGAGGCGAUCUGUUGGAUUCAUGAAUGAUCCUGUCGAGUCUUUCUCGCGCCCAGUAAAUAACACUGAGAGCUGGGCACUGUACAAUUUCGAGAUGCACGCUCGCAAGUGUGCUUACUGCCAUGAUCCCUACGAGGUCCAUCGCAAGCAUCAGCAGCUUUGCGAACAUGGACAUCGCCUAGCCCAAGAAGUAGCCUCCUACAUCUAUACCAAGGAGGGGAAGACUUUUUCCAUGAAGGAAGAGGACAACAAGAUCGUCCAAAUCGAGAUCCCUGCCGGUCAUGUAGAAGUCAGCGGCCUUCUGAGGGCCAUCGAGCGCAGCUUCCGUCACAGGUCACGCCACCCAUUUGUCUCCAUGGAUCGAAGCUACCACGUUGCUCCUCGCACACCCACAACCCUUCCUGUCCGACAGAAGUCGGUAAAGGUCGAGCACGAGAAGCCAAAGACCAAGUCCUCUCGACCGCGCUCCGGCGAGGUUGUUGACUGGCCAGACAAGGUCGAGAUUAAUAACUUCAGCUCUCAUCGUGGCUCGCUGUAUGACGAGGAUCUGGCGAGAAAGCGACGCAGCGCAAAGUACAAUGUCGAAGUUCGCGAGCCCUCCGCUCGUGACCUGCGCGAGCACCGCCUGUCUGGCUACUACCGCUGAACGAUCACAUGAACGUAUGACACACGCUACAGCUGAACCCUGACGCACGUUUGGUACGCCGACGACACACGAACACCUACUACGGCAACGGUGAUCUGCACAGCAACGCCCGCUACAAGCUCCGCACAAAUCCGCAACGACCACUGCACAUGCACAAUGCGAUUAUAAUUCUGCCUUGCGUUCAUGAUAAGCUUUGCUGCUAUUUGGAACACGUGGUUUGGCGCAAGAACAUAGUUUACCCUGAAAACGGAUAACAAAGGCAUUGCGCGCACAUGGUACACUCCACCUUUGAGGUGUUGAGGGGAGGAUUGGAUAACGAAGGAUGAUGUAAGAAGGCAACAAGGCAAGAAGGCGAUCUAGUCUAGGGGAGGAUUACGAACAUACUUCUGAAUUUGAAGACUAGCACUUUA